AGUGUACUAAAGAAGUUCAACUGUGAGACUGCGCAAGGCAUCCUGUACACACCACUAGUACGUAGCAACCAUGCCGCCCUUUAUGAAAGAAAAUGAAGAACCCCAACUGCCGCGGGAGCCUGGCAUGCCCACACCCGUUGCCGUGCCAACCCCAACUGUUUGGGGGAGUGCACGUGCUAAUAGUCCCGUAGAUGGAUGGAUUCAGAAACUCGAGAAGGACGACCCCGCCUUUAAAUCACUGUAUGUGAUGUCCUUCCGAACGAUCGAAUCCGCGGAUUUUAUUCGCUUGUGCGCGGCCAUUGGGAAGUCUAAGUUUCUAGAGGAGUUUCAUACUGGCCGAGAACUGGUCGAGAAUGAUCUGGAUGCACUAUCCCAGUGUCUGAGCGUUAAUUCAUCGCUAAAGAUACUGAGUGUCGGAAAUAAGAACUUCGGGGCUGAUGGUAUGGAACGUAUUUUUCCUGGGUUGGCAAAGAACACAUCACUUCGUAUCCUCGAUUUGGAGAAUAAAGGUCUGGGAGAUAGAGGCAUGGAACACCUGGCCAGAUUAUUCGAGUCAACAGCGGACAUACAGAUCGAGAGCAUGAAACUGGGCUGUAACGGAUUCACGGAUAUUGGUGCUAGUGCGCUGCUGAAGGCGCUGUCCUCCAACACAUCAAUCACAUCGAUUGACAUGCACGGCAAUGCCUUUGGUUCUGCAGAUACUGGUGCGGCUCUGGGAGCGUGGCUAGCUUUUAAGGAGUGUGCGCUGCAAAGCUUAAACCUCAGUACCACAGAAGGCCUUAGCGAGGACUUUGUCGUCAAGGUUGCGCAGGAAGGUCUGGCCAGGAACACGUCUUUGACCAGGCUGAAUCUGAACGAGUGCGCUGUGGGCGAUGCGGGUGUGACUGCCCUGGCCGAGGCACUGGCUGAUAAUAAGUCCGUUUCCAGCUUAUUUCUGGACGGGUGCAGUAUCACCGCUGUGGGCGCCAGCCAAUUACAGGCCUUGUUGACUGCCAACACGCAGAUCAAGGAGUUGAUUAUCCGAAAUAACGCUAUCCAUGAGGAAGGAUUCAACGCUAUCUGUUCGGCACUGCGAACAAACACGACGCUAGAUGUGCUGGAAUGCGGUGGCUGUGGAGUCUCCAGGGUUGCACAGAUCGGCAGUGAGACGAGCAUAACACACCUGGGAUUAUUCAAUAAUGGCUUGGGCGAUGCCGGUAUAGCGUCUAUUUUGUAUGCUGUGGAGGCUAACAACAAGACAUCCCUGAACAGCUUAGUAUCGUUGGAUGUCAGUGGCAAUGAGAUAUCGGACGAUGGCUUCAGAUCCUUCUGUGAGCGGAUAGGCGCCGACUUGGAGCUACUGCCAGCGCUCACAACUCUUGAGAUCGGUGGGAACAAGGCAGAUGACAAAGAAGCGUGGGUGUCUGUGUGUGAAGCACUGGAGAAGACACGGCCAGGCAUCAGAGUCAUCUGGGGCGAUGGCCACAAAUAUUAAACGCGCUGCAAUGCGUUGUCAUUAAUGUAAUAAACGUUUAGCAAAGCCAUCGGA